AUGCUAAGCAACGCCGCUAUACGCAAUAUUGUCGGGAUCAUAGGCAACGUGAUUUCCUUGGGACUCUUCCUCUCACCAGCUCCAACAUUGGUGAAAAUAUGGAGGAAGAAGUCAGUGGAGCAGUUCUCUCCCAUCCCAUAUCAGAUGAUGCUGAUCAACUGCAUGCUGUGGGUCUUCUACGGGCUGCCCAUAGUCCAUCCCAACACCAUUCUCGUCUCCACCAUCAAUGGCGCAGGAGUCAUAAUCGUUAGCUGCUACCUCUCACUUUUCUUCUUCUUUUCGCCAAAGGAGACUAGGAUGAAGGUGAUGAAGGUGUUGGCGGGGGAGUUGGUGUUCAUGGCGGUGGUGGUGACUUUAGCGCUCACGGCCGCACACACGCAUGACUUGAGGUCUCUCAUUGUUGGCGUUCUCUCUAUCAUCAUUUGUAUAUGCAUGUAUGCCUCACCCCUAUCUAUCAUGAAGCUGGUGAUGAAGACAAAGAGCGUGAAAUACAUGCCUUUCUGGCUUUCCUUGGCUGGCUUUCUUAAUGGCAUAUGCUGGAGUUUAUAUGCACUCAUCAAACUCGAUGUAUUUAUACUGAUACCAAACGGGUUGGGAGCAAUCUUGGGGCUCCUCCAGCUUCUGCUGUACGCAUUUUAUUAUAAAAGUACUCCUGUGGAUGAGCAUGAAGACAAGGAGAAGAAGGUGGCAGAGACAGCAUAA